AUGGUUUGGAUACUAGCCAUUAUUGUUUUAGUAAAAUUGGUUAUAUGGCAAUAUGGAAUAAUAAGAUGUUUUAAUUUAGUCGUAAAACGGCCUAAUGGUCUUUUUAUAAAUUUUAAUGUUCCUGGAAAUUAUAAUAUAAGAAAAAAAAAAUACAUUAGUAACAUAUUUAAGUAUAGUAAUAAAUUACCCAUAAAAAAUAAUAAAAUAAGGGUUUUAUCGAAUAGCCAAAAUGAAACAAUUAAAAACGAGAAAGAAAAUAAUAAUAUCAAUACCAAAGAUAAGAAGGAACAAAUUUUAAAAGAUAUACAAGGAGUAUGGAAAUUUUAUUUUCCAUUGAGUAUAAUGGAUACGGAAUUCGGAGACGACAAAGAAAAGGAUAUCAAUGAUGAUGAAAAAAAAUGUGAAGAAAAUUAUGAAGAUGAGGAUGAAGUAAAUGAAAGAAAAAAAAAAAAAAACGUACCACUUCAAGAUGAAAAUUAUGAUUAUUCAAACCUUAAUAUAUUAAGGGGCGAACGAAUGCACCCAUUACCUUUAUUUGUAUAUAACUAUGAGGAAAUUAUAUCGGGAUCCAACUGCACACGUGCAUACUGGUCUAUCGAAUAUUUUGCAAAUAAUAUAUAUGACUGUACAAUAAAGUUAAUUAAUAACAUGAAUAGUAAAUAUAUGGUUAUAUUACAAGGGUAUUUAUUUAUAUCUAAAUACAAUAUGUUAAACAGUAAAAACAUUCGUUUAGUUCCUGGUCAAAUAUUUGGGAAUUUAUUUUUAGCAACCAAUGGUAAUGCAGAGAAUAAUUCAAUAAUUCCACCAAAUAUGAAACUAUAUGAUAAAAAUGAUAUCGAAGUAAAAGAUGUUAUGUCUAUUUUUGAAAAAAAAAUUCCCGAAUUUAGAGAAAAUAAAAAAAAAAUAGAAUCAUUUUUGGGUGUUAGGAAAUGGAAAUAUAUAGGAAUAUCAACAGCUUAUAGGAUAAUAGGAGAAAAAACAAAUAUUUUUAAUAUAAAACAUUUAUUAACUGGAAAAGAUGAAAGUGUUAUAUAUAAUAUAAUGGAUUUUGAUAGGCUUAAUUCAGCAUAUAAUUCAAAUAAUUUUUCCAAUUUAAACGGUAUAUUUAAUUCAUAUUUUGAGGAACCUUCUCGUGCUGUUUUAUCUCAAAUCCUUAAAAAUCUACAAGAUAAAUCUAUAAAUGGGCCAUUUUAA